AAAAAGUAUUUGUUGCGGUUCUUUUAUUUUUCCCUUUUUUCCAACUGCUCACACAAUCAAAUUUUCAUUAUUUAUUUCAAUAUUUUUUUUCUUUUUUUGUUCUAAUCCUUCAACUUUCUCAGCUCUAUAAAAAAGAAAAAAAAAACUUAUUUAUUCCUAACAACUAAAAAAUACCAAAAGAGAAGAAGGAGGAUGGAAUAUGUUGGAAGAAUCGGUAACCUUUUCAGCUCAUUAAACAAUUUCUAUAAUGAACUAAAUCCAGCAACAUUGUCCGGAGCCAUUGACAUCAUUGUGGUCGAACAAGAAGAUGGUGAAUUGGCAAGCUCACCAUUCCAUGUUCGAUUCGGCAAAUUAUCAGUAUUAUUACCACAGGAGAAAAAGGUUGAAAUCAAAGUCAAUGGCGACACCGUACCAUAUUUGAUGAAAGUGGGUGAAGCUGGCGAAGCCUUUUUUGUAUUUGAAACAGACCAUGAGGUGCCUGAAGAAUUUCAAACCUCUCCAAUUUUGCAAGCUUUGGCUGAAAAUAAGUCAGAAGUAGAGAUGAUCAUUGUCACCAACACUUUGUUACCAUCUAUAAGGAACCACCGUUUCUUGAUAUUAGUGAGAAGAAGGACGAAAAAGAGCAUCUUAUGAUGGAAAAAGUUGAAAAGGAAGAUAAUUUCGAGGACGAAGAAGAUGGAGACCGCAAGAAAAAGGAUUUCUCACAUAUACCCGCUGAAUUACAAUCACCUAAGAUGAUUAUCGAAGAACAGAU